AUGACCAAAACAAAACCGUACAACAUCGAGACCGAGUUGGUUCUCAACAAGUCCAAUGAUCAACACAACGCCAGCGUGCCGCCUUUGUAUCAGUCUGCCACAUUUAAGCAAGAGUCCCUCUCCAAUAUGGGCGCGUACGACUACACUCGUUCGGGAAACCCAACUAGAACACAUUUACAGAACCACAUGGCAAAGAUCAUGAAGGCCAGCCAGACAUUUGCUGUGACUUCGGGCAUGGGAUGUCUUGAUGUGAUUUUGCGGUUGCUUCAACCUGGAGACGAGGUGAUCGCUGGCGACGACUUGUACGGAGGCACCCAUAGGCUAUUGACAUAUAUGAACAACAAGGGAGAUCUAGUGGUUCAUCAUUAUGAUACAACGAACACAGAGUUGAUCAAGUCGAAAAUCACCCCCCGCAUAAAGAUGAUUUUCUUGGAGUCCCCCACAAAUCCGUUGAUGAAGGUUUGUGAUGUCAAAGCUAUCACUGACCACGCCCACGCAGUCAAUCCAGACUGUAUUGUUGUUUUCGACAACACCAUGAUGACUCCUAUUUUGAUGACUCCCUUGGAUUUAGGCGUAGACAUCCAAUAUGAGUCAGCAACUAAGUACCUAAAUGGCCACCACGAUAUCAUGGCCGGUGUGAUCGGUACCCGCGAUCCUAAGUUGGCUGAGCGUAUAUACUUUGUGAUCAACUCCACCGGGUGUGGGUUGAGUCCCUUUGAUUCCUGGUUGUUAAGCAGAGGUUUGCGUACCUUGGCAGUGAGAGUUGAGAGGCAACAGAAAAACUGUUCGAGAAUAGCAGAAUUCUUGCAAAAUGCUGGCUUCAAGGUACGCUACACAGGGUUGCCAUCGCACCCUCAAUAUAGCUUGCAUCAGAGCCAAUGUAAGGGCGCGGGCGCAGUGUUGAGUUUCGAGACGGGCUCCAUCAAGAUGUCUGAGAAGAUUGUGGAGUCGACGGACAUUUUCGGCAUUGCAGUCUCUUUUGGGUGCGUCAACUCGUUGAUUUCGAUGCCAUGCAAGAUGUCACAUGCUUCAAUUGACUCGAAGACGAGAGAAGAAAGAGAUUUCCCGGAAGACUUGAUAAGAUUGUGCAUUGGUAUUGAAAAUGUGGACGACUUGAUAUACGACUUGACGCGGGCGCUUUUGAAAAGUGGAGCGGUCAAGAUAAACGAGAGAGAUGAAUUGUACAAUGCCAUUGGCAUCCAGCCCAAAUUGUGA